CUUUGAGCUUUUUCGCACUUCCACACGUAUCCUAUUAUCACGACUCAUAUUUCACCAUGACACUCGUCCUCUCACCUAUGGAACAAGCGGAUUUCCCGCGACUGACGCAAAUUCUACAUGCAGCUUACUACUCCACAUCAGGCAUCAGUGCGCUCUUGUAUAACAGUCCGCCAUCCGCCAAGUCUCUGGAAAAGCUCACCGAGACGCGCAAGCGCAUAGCUCGUGAGGACGCAACUGCGCGCUUCCUCAAGAUCACGGACACCGACAUUGGCGAGAUCAUCGCAUGCGCCAGAUGGCAUGUAUACGAGCACGGGCGAACUGAAGAAGAAAUGGACAAAAAGACCAUUAUCACUGAUGAUGAACUCAUACCGGAGUUCAACGCCCCGGUCUACAAAGCGCUUUUUGAGCCCAUUCUCCGUAGGCACAAAGAGGUGAUGGGUACGCGUCCGCACAUAUAUCUGGCCACUCUUGUUACCCAUCCGGACCAUGGUCGGAAAGGCGCCGGCAGUGUGUUGCUGCAAUGGGGGCUGGACAAAGCGGAUGAGAUGGGCUUGGAGGCGUUUGUUGAGGCGACACCAAUGGGACAGGGCCUGUAUGAGAAGAUGGGCUUUGAGGUAGCGAAAGAUGUACCUUUUGAUUUGGGCCAGUUUGGCGAGGAGGGCGUGGUGCAUCAUGUGUGUAUGGUUCGUCAGCCGAAACCAGACCCAACGGAAGGAGAGACAUAGGUUUCCAGUUUGUUAUAUCUCGGAAAUUUCAUACGUUCAGGUAUCUUCAAAUAAUAGCAUUCUUCGUCUAAACAUCAUCACCGAUGGUGGUAAAUAUAGUUGCCAGCGGAUAGUCUACCUACCUACUAAUUGCUUCUUAGGUAGUUAUCACAAGCUAUGGUACUACGGUCAGAGUUUACUAGACGCCUAUAAAAGUGAAAAGGAGCGAGGAUAAGUUAGGAUUUAUAAAGACAUAACUACACAAGUAUACGAUGAAUAUGGGUUCUCUACGAAGAUGUAAAAAACUUAAGAAUGCGAGGGCAUGAAAAUAGUCAAAAGAGUGUGAAGAUAAAGAUAUAUAAAUGUAUAAGGGU